AUGAGCUCGUCCCUCGAAGAGAAGCGCGCGCAGGUCGCGAAGCUCGUGCAUUGCGAUAUCCUCACAGAGACGCAGGCAGAGGACAAUGAGAAGCUCAUCAAGCUCAUGUCCCGUUGCUUCGUCUCGGAUACGAUCACUGUGCCGACCAAGGAAAUGUACGAGUAUGCUGUUCAAGCCUCGCUCGGCGAUGCGGUCUACCACGAACCCUCGACCAUCGCUCUCGAGGCGCACAUGGCUAAGCUAACGGGCAAGGAAGCCGCGCUAUACAUGCCUUCCGGUACAAUGUCCAACCAGAUCGCUCUACGCUCGCAUCUCAAGCAACCGCCCUACUCCGUUCUCUGCGAUCACAGAGCGCAUAUCAACAAGUACGAGGCCGGCGGCACUGCCUUCCACUCUGGCGCGCACACGACGACAGUCAUUCCCUCGAACCGUCAUCAUCUCACUCUCGAAGACGUGCAAGAUCAUGUCAUAAUCGGCGACGAUGUUCACAUGGCACCCACGCAGGUCAUUGAGCUCGAGAAUACCCUGAACGGCAGUAUCUUCCCUCAGGAUGAGAUCAUCCGGAUCUCCGAGUACGCGCACUCAAAGGGCAUCGUCAUGCACCUUGACGGCGCGCGGAUUUGGCACGUCGCAGCAGAAACGGGUACUUCCAUUGAAGAACUCUGCGCGCCGUUCGAUUCUGUUAGCUUAUGCUUCAGCAAGGGCCUGGGCGCACCUAUCGGUUCGUGCCUCGUAGGCUCUGCCGAGUUGAUCAAGCGCGCAAAGUGGUUCAGGAAGCUUUUCGGCGGUGGUAUGCGUCAGACCGGCUUUAUGGCCGGGUGUGCUGCCUACGCCCUCACCUAUAACUUCCCAAAGCUAGUCCAAGUUCAUGCUCUUGCGAAUAAGCUCGAACAAGGUCUCCGCGAUAUCGGCGUGAACAUCUUGAGUGGCGCGGAGACUUGUAUGGUCUUCUACGAUCCCACCACGAUUGGCACGACCUAUGAUGAGAUCGCCGAGCGGGCCGAGAACCUCCCGAACCCUUUCAAGCUCGGCGGCUCGCGACUUGUCGUUCAUAUUCAGAUCACCCAGCAGUCGGUCGAUGACUUCCUCAGUGUCGUGCGCCAGCUCGCAGAGGAGAAGAAGGCUGCCGGCUUCGUACCGCCAGCCAACGGUACAAAUGGCCACAUCAAGGACAUCUACGUACGGAGGAAGUAG